AUGAGCUCAGUGAGACCGAGUCCACGGACCCGAGUCCACGGACCCCCCGAGUCCACACACCCCGAGUCCACACACCCCGAGUCCACACACCCCGAGUCCACCCCCGACCCGAGUCCACACCCCCCCGAGUCCACCACCACCGAGUCCACGGACCCCCGAGUCCACACGAGACCCCCGAGUCCACACACCACCACGAGUCCACGGACCCCCGAGUCCACACACCCCCCGAGUCCACACACCCCCGAGUCCACACACCCCCCCGAGUCCACACCCCCGAGUCCACACCCCCGAGUCCACGAGUCCACCCCCCGAGUCCACACCCCCGAGUCCACACACCCCCCGAGUCCACACCCCCGAGUCCACACACCCCCCGAGAGUCCACACACCACCCCGAGUCCACACCCCCCCCACACCCCCGAGUCCACGAGACCCCCCGAGUCCACACCCCGAGUCCACGAGUCCACGAGUCCACACCACCCGAGUCCACGAGACCCCCCCGAGUCCACGGACCCCCGAGUCCACACACCCGAGUCCACACCGAGUCCACACCCCCCCGAGUCCACACCCCCCCGAGUCCACACACCCGACCCACCACCACCGAGGACGAGUCCACACCCGUCCACCGAGUCCACGUCCCAGUCCACGUUUCCACGAUUUCCAUGA